AGCCAACGCCGUGUGGCUUGAAGGCGGAGAGUGGCAGGCGCUGGCACCAAUGGGUUGACGAAGGCGGCGGCCCGGGAGUGGGAGGAGCCGCCGGUGGCGACCGCCGUGCAAGGUGUGUGAAAGGUCGUGCCGGUGGGGCGUCUCGAUGGGAUUCGUUGUCCGGCGAGGAAUCGGCGGGAGCGCCGGCGUUGGGUCUAAGCAGGCUAACUUUGAAUUGGACUUCAUAUUUGCUUAGACGUUCUGGAAUUUCCUGUUUUUAAAAAUAAGUGUUAUAUCAUACAGGUGGCAAGAUGAGUUCCUUAAUAGAAACCCCUGAGCUGCCAGCAGUGUUUGAUGGGGUUAAAUUGGCUGCUGUCGCUGCUGUUCUUUACAUUAUUGUCCGCUGCCUGAACCUGAAGAGCCCAACUGCUCCUCCUGAGCUCAUAUACCAAGACACUCCAUUGGCCCGCUUCCUAAUAAAAUCAUGCCCUCUCUUAACCAAAGAGUACAUUCCACCUUUGAUCUGGGGAAAGAGUGGGCACAUUCAGACUGCUCUUUAUGGGAAGAUGGGGAGAGUAAGAUCACCACAUCCUUAUGGGCUUCGCAAGUACCUCACAAUGUCAGAUGGUGCCACAGCAACUUUUGACCUCUUUGAACCCCUAGCUGAAAACUGCAGUCGAGAAGAUAUCACAAUGGUCAUCUGCCCUGGAAUAGGGAAUCACAGUGAGAAGCAUUACAUCCGAACCUUUGUUGACUAUGCUCAAAAGAGUGGCUACCGGUGUGCUGUGUUAAAUCACCUUGGAGCCCUGCCAAAUAUUGAACUGACUUCACCACGCAUGUUCACUUAUGGUUGCACCUGGGAAUUUGCUGCUAUGGUGAACUACAUCAAGAAGGCAUAUCCUCAGUCCAACCUAGUUGUUAUUGGCUUUAGCCUGGGUGGAAAUAUAGUGUGCAAAUAUCUCGGGGAGUCCCAGUUUAACCAGGACCGUGUGCUCUGUUGUGUCAGUGUGUGUCAGGGGUACAGCGCAUUGAGGGCACAGGAAACCUUCAUGCAGUGGGAUCACUGCCGGAGAUUUUACAAUUUCCUCAUGGCAGACAACCUGAAGAAAAUCAUCUUGUCUCACAGACAAACUUUGUUUGCUGAUACCUCUAGAAAAUCCCAUUGUUUAGUGGAAACAGAUCUAAGCAGACUUCACACAGCAACUUCUCUCAUGCAGAUUGAUGACAACGUUAUGAGAAAAUUUCAUGGUUACACCUCCUUAAAGGAAUAUUAUGAACAGGAGAGUUGUCUGCAUUACUUGCACAGAAUCUUUGUUCCCCUCUUGCUAGUUAAUGCUGCUGAUGACCCUUUGGUGCAUGAUAGCCUCUUAUCAAUCCCAAGAGCCCUCUCAGAAAAACGGGAGAAUGUCAUGUUUGUUUUAGCAUUGCAUGGAGGCCACCUGGGAUUUUUUGAGGGUUCAGUACUUUUUCCUGAGCCCCUCACUUGGAUGGAUAAGCUUGUGGUGCAAUACGCAAAUGCCAUCUGCCAGUGGGAGAAGAAUAAAUCUCAUUGCUCAGAUACGGAACAAUCAUCUGGCCAAGAAUAAACAAUCCCAAAGACUUUUCAGGUUGUUUCCGACUUAGUCCCCAUCUUCUUCUUCCCUCCUGCUUUUCCAGGCCAGGCCUGAUCAUUUUCAAUGUAGGCAUUUGACCACAGUGUUUCAUGCCAAAUAGAGUUACAACAGAAGGAGUUGCUAUUUGGAACAAUUUGGGAGUAUGCUUGCAGCGUACUCAUGCAGUGACAAAACUUCUAGUCUCUUGGGGGUUGCUGCCUGUAGCUUACUAUGGGGUUCCAAAACCAGCGCAACAACAGAAUAUCUUUGAAAGCAGCAAGAUGUUCCAAUGCUUCUACUUUCACUGUUCAAAGAAAACAAACAAAAUAACCUCCUCUGGUUGUUUUGCAAAACUUGCGUAGCGUGUUACUCAUGCGAGAUAGGAGUGUACUUCCUUUGUGGUUAUGUUUCACCUUGUGGUCACCACUGGCUGUAACAGGAAGGAAAUUUUGUAUAUCUGUGGAAGCCACCAACAAAUCAUCUCUGCAGGCCAUCAGUUCAGCUGCCUGCAAAGCAGGGGAGAAAGAUGUGGAAUUUGAAUUUCCAGAAUCUCAUUCCUCAAGUGAGGAGGAACCUCACCCUUUCUUGUUAAUGCAUUUCAAGGCUUUAGAUUGCUUUGAAAAUACUUGGAAUCAGCCCUUAUUCCAGGAUUCUGGAAUGCUGGCUGAGUAUAUUCAAUCACAUGCUUUGCUUUUUUCAUUGGGACUUUCCAAGUAGAAAGCUUUGCAGUUGGACAGUAGAUUCCCUGCUCUGUUACUACUUGAGAUUAAAACAAGUAGCCUUGUGACAGUUGCCUUUUCUAAAAUAAGGCAUUAUAUUUUGACAUAAGAGUUGUGAGUGCUCCUAACCCAGGCCUUUUAAUACUGUCUGUAAGUGAAAACCGGUGACCAUCAGUCUGUAGAUUGUCUGUUUAUGUGUUUUUUCUUAGAGAAACUUCAUAUGUAAAGGAUGGAGAAAACAAAAUAUCCAAAUUCUUUUUACAUCCCCAGUAUACUAGAGCAGUAUAGUAAGAUUUUGAAAGCCACAGUUGACUUGGCUUUGAGAAGUUGGGGAUAGAUUUUUUAAAAAAUGUACUGAAUGCCUUAACUAAUAGUGGCUUCUGCAAUUCCCUGAGCCCAAAGCUGCUCUUAAGUCUUUCAACCUAGUGAUACCGACUGAGAUUGGCAACUCUUGCAAUAGAGAUGCAGUGAUGCAGAUACAGUGAAGAAGCAGCAUUUUUGCUGCUGUACAAUAGAGAAACAGAUUUUUGCACUGAGCAAGUUUCCAAUCUGAAAGUGAAAAAAGGCACAACUUAAUUACAUAUAUUCAUUCUGAAGUUUGGAUUACUUAAGACAGUGGAACUUCGUGAUUAGGCUAUUUUUCACCUGCAGUUCUGUUUAGAACUGUCAGUUUGGUGUUCCUUCCUUAUGGCAUAUUUCAGUUACGUGUUAACAGUCAUUCCCUUGCAUUAUAGCCCCCACAACAGUUAGCACUUUAUUGGUUCAACCUUUUGUUUUGCUGCCUAGACACUAAUUACAGUGGGCACUUGUUUUUUAAACAGUUAGAAAGUCUUUCUUGAAAGUAAAUAUAUGGGGUAUGUUCCCACCCGGUUUUGAGAUUCGGAAAAGCGUUUGCUAUGUUUGUGAGGUUUUCUUUCUUAUUUUUUUAAUUGAGCAAUAAUUGCCUGUAGCAAAGGUGCAUUUCUCACAUCAGGAAUCAAACGGCUCCAGCCUCAGAUAGGUAGUCUUGACCUGUUCAACCAACUAUGUAACUUAAGCACAGUAGGUGAAUUCAGAGUCUAUUCUGUUCUCACAUAGGAAGGAUCAAUCACAGAUUUCUUUCUCCUCUCCCCCCCCCCCAUCCCCAUAGACUUUAAAUUGUUUAUCAAUCUAUUCUUAUUUUGCUUUUUUAGUGUUUCCUGCUACUUCCCUGGAAACCAAGUCCAAGAUAAGCAUAUGCUUUCAGCUGCAGAAGAAAAUUUUAAUGAUCUCAGAAGCUUAUUUCUCUUCCACUUAAAAAAACUAGACGUUUUGACUGUUUCCUUUGCUGCAGUGUAUAAAAUAGGAACGAACAUGACUUACUUUUCCACAACAGCCUAUUAGAAAGCGGGCUAUAAGAAUCUUAACGCUAAUUCUCAUCAUUUCCGUCUCCAGUACAAUAGCAUUCUCUUUAGCAUGUGGCUAUUUUCCCAACACCAGCUCUCCUAGCAGUCAAUAAGAAAUCUUGUACUUUUUGAUCUGACUCUGAGAGCCAGGGACUAUCACAUGAUUUCUGCCCAAAUAGGACCUUAAUUGUGUUUUGCAUUUAAAAUAAAUGUAAUAAAACUAGACUUUUCCUAACCUGGUGUCCCCCCUCAGUUCUGAUGUAUUUGCCUUAAUGGCUUGGAAUAGUAUAUUUCAGCACCCCUGAAGGAAAUCCAAUUGAUAAAAUAAUUGCUGUGAAUUAAAAUUAUAAAUUUCCUUGCAACUAUUAGCCUUUGUUGCUGAAGGGGCUGUGCGGGUAGCGUUUGCCCUUUUUCUUUUUUUAACCAGAUGCAGAUUAGUUUUGUGUACAGUAAGACAAGGAAUUAAUCUUUCCUUCUUUAAAUUUUGGAACUUCGGUUACAAGGUUGUGCAGUUACAUAAUGUAGCAAUUUCAAGGGGGAUUGCUUUCAUGAUUUAAAUUCAUUUAAAAGUACUCAACCCCUUGGAAAAUAAUUUUCAUUUGCUGUAUACUGUAAAUGUAAUAAGACUCUUGUAUCUCCAAGCUGUAUCAGGAAAAUCAAAAUUCUUAGUAAAUUGGACAGUCAAAAAAGUGUCUUUCAAGUCACAAAUUUGAUCUUUUCUGCUGCAGCAAUGAAAAAGAAACUCAGGUGCGUUUGUGAUAAAUUGAAUUCUAAACUCCCCAAAAAGAGGAGUGAUGAGAAAGAUAGCCGCCAGUUUAUAUACCCACAUGAUACUAAACCUCUUUUUUACUUUAGUGAAACAGAAUGUUGCUUGAAGGUUCUUGGAAAGAAAUCAGGAAACAUUUUUCUACCACUGACCUUAAACUAAGUAAAUCAUUCCUUCUAUUGUUAUUUUUUUCUGGAAAAGAUAAUUUUUGAGGGAUUUUCUUUGCUUUGUAUGUUCAGAAUUUAUGUGUGAUUCUUCCUCUAAAGAUAUUUUUGUAAACUGGAGAUCUUACUGCUCAUACAUUUUGGAGUGAGGCCUUCACAUCCCCCUUUUUUAAUGAAAGUGGUGUUGAGGAUUGCAUCAAGCCCCCUUGAGCUGUUACAGCCAAACUGUUCAUCCUGUGACAAGAGUGAGUUAAAGCCAGCUUUGCCAGUUGACCAAAAGAUAUAAGCCGACUCUUUCCUGGCAACAUCUGUGGUAGAAUUUAUGUCUUGGCAGCUUGUCUUUGCAUUAAAGAUAGCCUUGCUGUGGGUCAAAUGGUGCAUUUCCCAAACAUGAUAGUUUGCAAAUGGUCCUUAGGCAUUGGUCUGUGUAAAGAAGGAAUAGCCAACUGGUGGACUACGUUUCACCUUUCAUUCCUUUUCUAUUUCAUUCUCAUCCCCUCAAGAACUUUGCUGAAAUUCAGCCACAUUAUCUCUGCUUUCUUUAAAUAAGUACUGUAACAUGUAGGUGCACUAAAUCUCUGAUAGCUUCACACACAUAUUUGUUUUCUAAACAGGGCUGAAAAUUCUGACCCUGCCUUUCUCUAGUGAUGGCACUGCCAUGCCUACAGCAGAUAGAUUAGUGCUCACAUGUGUCAUUCUUGGCCCCAGAAACAUUACCUAUUUCUGAUCUAAAAGCCUAUGUGACCAGGUCCCCAGAUCACAUUACAACUCAAUAUUAAUCUUAGUGAUGUGUUAGUCCCAGAUACAUGCUGAUAGCAUUUAUGUGCAUAUGUAUGUAAAAAAAAAAAAAAAAGGGAAAUUUGUUACAAAGCACAUGUCCCUAACUGUCUCAUGCACAUACAGACCAAAGCAUGAAGUUGUCCUUAGACUGCAUUGUUAUACUGAUGUGAGCUCAGUUAUUGUCCACUUCCUUUAGAUGUGCAGAAUAGAGCUUCCACAUUCCUAGGUGGGAUUUUUAUCAUAGGAAAAUACCUCAAUAAGAGUCCUGACUAUGGCAGUUUGACUUUAAAUCAGAAUGAUUAGCCUGGCAGCAGUAGUAGUAAUCAAAAAGGAGAUUUCAGUGUCCAUACCACACCUUUCCCCACCUUCUGAUUAUUUCGCAUGUUACGCGAUGGUCUUAAUGGCAAACCUGGGGCACUUCCUGCAGUUCCUCUUAAUCAGAGCAAAAGGUAACUUGGCUGCUGGUAGAGCAGCUAGGGAGAGGAGGGUUCUUUGCUCAGUCUGAAAAGGAAAGGACUCUACUCAGCGCACUGCAACGCAGCACAGUGCUGUGCUGGUGUGGGAAUCCUUAGCCUUUGUUCUUUGCAAACAUCCUUUGUGCUAAGUAUAUGUGUUUCUGCCUGGAGAUAGUUUGUUAAGUCUGUUUCUUCCUUGAAGUGCCCUUGAUGAGAUCCAUGACAAAAUAAAAAUAAAUCAUCGGGGAGGUGGGGGAGAAUCUAGUUUGAGAACUAUAUGUAUCCCAUUUUAAGUAUUCUGUUCUUUUUGCUGGUUUCAUUAGAGGGCACAACCAUGAAUGGGCAGCAUUUUGCUAAACUGGAACUGAGAAUUGCCAUUCCCUUUCCUUUUCUCUUUUUUCUACCAGAGGAUAUGCAUCUUUAUUUUCUUUGUGCAGUGUAUUUCCUUUUAGAUCCUCAGGUCCUGGGGACCACCAAAGUCCCAGUAGCUUUGCUGAGUCCAGUCCUAGUGGAACAAGCCCAAGUUUUUUUCCUCAGAAUUCCUGAAACGUGGGCAAAAAUCCCCUAUUUGAUGGCAUGAUUUUUAUUUCGCUUUUGCUUUGAUGUUAUAUCCAGUAAUAUCUGGGCUUGUACAAACAACCGUGCCAUUAUUCAGAGAGGUCCAGUUUCAUAUCAGAGUAGAAAGUAGUAAUGCCUGAAGCUAUGAGAAUUUAACCCACUAAUAGAUUGUAUCCAUGCGUCAUUUUACCAUCUUCCGAGCUAGUUUCAUCACAGCUGUUUAGUAUGGGUUGUAUUUGAUAGCAAAUCCAUUUAGUCAUUUUGGGAAAUCUUUCUCCUGAUUUAAAAAAGCACAAUUUUUAAAGAGGGGAAAUCCUGAUUUGUUAGACUCCCCCCCCCUUUUUUUUUUUCCUCUUGAACAUGUCCUAGUGGAGGGACCCUACACCUCAGGAAGCUAGACCUGUACCUGUGCUCUUCUACAUUGGUGUCACUGCAGCUGCCUUACUGGAGUGAGUUGAGUGUUUUUGGUCUUUUUUUUUUUAAGUUUGUUGAACUUCAAUUUUACUUUAUUUUAUUGGCAAUUUUGGAUUCCAAGAGAUACUUUGGAAACCCUUGCUUCCACAAUCCCAAUUCCUUUAGAAACAAAAAUGCUGCCCUGAGGAGUAUUUGUAUGUGAUCCUCGCUACUGGUUCGUUGUUGGACCAGUUGUCUGCGGGGUGAAGAUUUGCAACUAGCAAUGCAAUUUUUUUCUAAACCUGCUAAUCUUUCCAACUUAGAAAAGUGUGUCCUUGAUAUAUUUUGUUUUUGUUCUGUGUGUGAUAAAUCAAGGCUAUUGCAGAACAGUACUUUUGUUAUUUGAUUCAAUGGAAUUUAUUUGCUUAAAAAAAUAAAGAACUUAACGGAG